AUGCCAAACAAAUCGAAGCCUCCUAAACCUAGUUUGCCCAAGCAACGUAGCUUAAGGUCAAAUGUCAAUACCCAUGCUAUCUUUGUUCCAAAAUGUCCAAAUUGCUCACUCCCUCAAUACGAAGGUUCUAUCCGCCCUCGAAGACCUGCGAACUACUAUGAAGACAAUUUUAAUGACAGGACCACGUUCACUUGUUUCAUGGAACUGCCGCUCGAGAUUAGGGUCAUGGUGUGGGAGGCAUCGCUCCCUGGCCCACGUGUUGUGCUUCUUCGCCCGACCUGGAUUUUUGGAUGGAAAACGUCAAGGUGUUUUGGGUCACAUGAAGUUAUACGCGUCCCAGACUAUGUUGUUCAAUCAUCAAAUCCUGUCACAGCUUUGUAUGUCUGUCGUGAGUCAUUCAAUGUCGCGUCUACGAGAUAUACCCAAACUUUCGCCUCACCGGAGUCACCCUUUAAAACUUGGUUCGACUUCGACUUCGACUUCGACACCUUGUGUAUCGCUCCUAACGAAGCAUUUCACCAUAGACUACCUGCUGUAUUUGCCGAACCUCUUCCGGUAACUGCUCUUGAUAAGGAGUACGACACGGAAGAGUGGUGGUGGAGUUUCCAGAACCCGUACGUCCUUGAAGUGUUUCUUGAUGUCUGCCUGAUUGACGCAGGAAGGCUCGAGGAACUUACACUCGUCACUGGCCGAUACCCAUGCAAUACAUAUGUCUUUACACCUAAGAGAUCUAAAGAUCUUUCAUUCAUUGAGCUUCAAGAUAUCGACGCUUCUUUGAAGCUCUAUACAGGCCUGUACGAACCAAAGCUUGAGGCGUCUAUCCAAUCCAUACAAAAAGAAUAUGCUGCGCAGCUUCGAAGCCUAGCAUCGAUCAAAUUCGAUAAGUUAGAGAAAUGCCGUAGUGUGACAUAUGGAGCACCAGUGUACGAGAUGCCAGUCAUCAGAAGCUUGAUCGUCACAACGACAUCAAUGAAAGCAAAGCUCGAACAAGCCAAAGUAGCAUUCGAAGUGAAGAAGGCCGAGUAUAUGAAAUGUAAUGGAUUGCUUGCGAUGUAA